GAUCUAAAUAUCUGGUUCUCCACGGAGGUCUGUUCUCCGAUGAUAAGGUCACAUUAGAUGAUAUCCGAAAGCUGAACCGACACUCGCAACGCCAACCUGGCCAGGCGGGGUUGAUGAUGGAAAUGUUGUGGACUGAUCCUCAAGAUGAGCCCGGCCGAGGACCCAGCAAGCGAGGAGUCGGCAUGCAGUUUGGCCCAGACGUUACCAAGAGAUUUUGCGAGAACAACGGCCUGGAAGCUGUUAUUCGAAGUCACGAAGUGCGCAUGGAUGGCUAUGAAGUACAACACGAUGGCAAAUGCAUCACUGUCUUCUCUGCUCCGAGAUAUUGCGACUCAACUGAGAAUAGGGGUGCUUACAUCAACAUCGGACCUGAUUAUAAGCUCCGGUAUGAACAGUUUGACGCGGUACCACACCCCAACAUUCGGCCGAUGGUGAGUUUUCCUUCUGCAACACCCCACAAUAUCUAUAUUUCUCAUUCUUGCUAUGAACAUAAUGGAGUCUAACGCGAUCUGCAGGCAUAUGCCCAAAACUCCCUUAUGUCAUCUCUAAUGUAAAGUCUCCGGGUUGAGGGUAGAGCGGAGGAAGAAGGAUGUAUAUGAGCUAGAGGCAUAUAUAUACCCCUGCUUCUG